GCUGCUGUGAUCAGCAGCCUGUCACCACAACCUCUCUUGACUCCACCCGAAGAAGACAGGCCGAGGCGACAGCUCAGCUCAGAGUCACAGCUGCCAGCACAGAUCCAGAGACAUGGUGUCAGUCAAGGCUGCAGCGAUGGCGAUCGCACUGCUCACCUUUUGCAUGCUGGGCACAAACACGACAGCAGCAGCGAACGCUGAAUGUUGUCGGAGUUACACGACGAGAAAACUGCCGUUUCCUGCAAUCAGGGGAUACACAGUCCAGACAAUCAAGGGAAUGUGUCACAUCAAUGCCAUCAUUUUCCACUAUACUUUUGACAAAAAGAAGGGGAGGGCAUGCACCAAUCCUGCUUUGCCGUGGGUGAUGGACUACAUCGACCGCUUAAGGACUAAAGCACAAAAGGUUCACGACCAGUCCUCACAAAUUCGCAAGUGAAGUGAUUCUGCUGUCUGAAGAGAGACGACGGACGCCAGCUGCAGCGAACGGACUGUUUCACAUCCCAGCUUUGCUUUUUUUUCCCAGUAGAAUAACGAUGUGUCACAGAGCUUUGUCUAAAACAUUUUGAUAUUCCUUGUAAAUAUCUCAUAUUUGUACAUUUUGUAAAAAAGAAGGAUUAAAGUUUUGUUUGAAUAUAA